AUGGAUGGAGAAUCCGUCAACAAGGAGACGCUUGAGUCUUCAGAAGGGACAAAUCAGGCUGACUCGAGUGUCAACAAACAGACAGAUGAACCAGAGCUUGUGCAAAGUAAUGACCCAAGAGAGGGGGACGAGGCAGAGAGGCAAGAGCUAAGUCCAGAGAUGAGGGAGGAUCCACUACCACAACUGAGGGACGAGGAAGCUGCAGACGCACAUGCACCCCGGACAGAAGGUGCCACUGUAGCCACUGCAGAAGAAGACGUGAAGGAUCCUGGAAAGAAAGAGGAUGGAGAUGUUAAGGAAGAGAUCAAAAAUAGAGAGAAGGGCGAGACCAAAAAAGUUGAAGAGAAUGUCAGUGAGGACAAAAGUGUUGAAAAACAGCCAGAAAAGGUGAAGGAUGAAAAGCAUGUCAAAGAAGAUCAAGCGAAAGCCAAAGAGAGGCUAAAAGAGGCAGAAAAACAAGGGAAAGCCAAAAGAAACCCAAAAGCAACAACUAUUCCAUCCCGUCCGAGGCCCUCGACUCGCUCUGGUCGAGUAUCCAAAAAGAGUGACAUCAUCGCCAAGUUCCAACAGGGAGCACCAGAAACACCAAUCCCACGCAACUUCAAAAUUCAAAAGUCAUCUACAGCUGCGGCCACGGGGGCUUCCAUCAAACAGAGAAUGCUGCAGUGGUGCCGCAGCAAAACCCAACACUAUAAGGGUGUCAACAUAGAAAACUUCUCCUCAUCUUGGUGUGACGGGAUGGCUUUCUGCGCACUGGUCCAUCGCUUCUUCCCCGACGCUUUCGACUAUAGUGCCUUGAAACCUACUGAAAGGGAGAAGAACUUCACACUGGCCUUCCAGACUGCAGAGUCGCUGGCUGACUGCUGGCCUCUGCUUGAAGUGUCUGACAUGCUUAUGAUGGGGAACAACCCAGACCCCAUGUGUGUGUUCACAUACGUCCAGGCCCUUUGUCACAGCCUCUCCAAACUGGAGAAAGAGAAGAAGGAGCAAGAGGAAAAAGACAAAGAGGAGAAAGCUAAAGCAGGGGAAGAGAAGGACGAGAAGGUAGAAGAUGCCAGCAAAGAGCUGUCAGUGGACAAAGAAGAGGCUGAGCAUGCUGGGAAUGGGUCACCAAAUAGUAGUCAAGACGACAAUGCCAAAGAAGAGGCAGCAAAGAGCUGUGAAACGGAGGAAGAUGGACAACUGUUAGUGGAAGCGAAGUCCUAG